GUGACACGCGCGCGCUUCGUGCUUGAAGGCAAGGUGCCGAUCCUGCUGCUCUUCCUCAACCCCACUUCACCCCCAUUUGUUUGCACUGUCACGCUGAGGGGACACUGCUGGCUGUUGAAGUGCAUGUGAGGCAGCAUUUUCGCGUCGCACACACAGCAGCACAUCGCCACCCGGAGCUGCACCCGCCACCAUUGUCAUUUCACUGCUGACACGCUUCAGCUGCAGAUCACACAGCAAAGUCUGUCACCCCCAACAGCCACCACUGCCGCACAGAGACAUACACAGAUCAGCAGUCGCAGACACGUCGGAUACCAGGCCUAUCCUUCGUUAGCCGACCCACCAUGGCUUCUGCACGAAGCCAUCUUCGCCUGGUUGCCUGGGCAGUGCUUGCCACGCUUGUCUUGGGCUUCACAGCAACCAAUGCGCUCCGGCUCCGCUUCGACCCGGACUACAGCCCGCCGUCUGUGGCGGAGGCCACAGCAAACCCGCGCCGCUACCGCGCAUACAACCGGCCCGUCCUCUCCCACAUCCUGCGCCCAAUCAAGGUGCGCAUUGAGGACGACAACGGCAACCUGGUGACCUCUGGGCCAGACUCCGAGCUCGCUGUGACGCUCUUCGCGGAGUCGGCCUUCCUUGGCGGCGUCAUCUUCCCCGAUGAGACGCCCGUGGCAAACGCAAUCACAGACGCAGGCAGCCAGAUGCUGUAUGCCACGUCUGGCAGCGAGCACCCGUACCAGGAGGACCACCGCACCAUCCGCCAGGACCCCUACGAGACACGCGCGGUCGGCGGCGUCGCCACGUUCCCGCCCUUCUUCGCCACAACGCCCACCGUGUUUGUGGAGAACGCCACCACGGGGUACCCCUACGUUGGCGGGCAGGAUGUGCUCAUCAACGGCGCGUGCUGCAAGAGCAUCUGGCGCGCCGCAACCUCGGACCCGACCAAGGCCUCCGCCAUCGUCAGCAACCCGUACCACGUCUUCCAUCGCGUUGAGUACCUUGAGUUGGCGGCGCCGUUGCCGACUUCCGUCAAGACAGACGAGCCGCUUCCUCCCAUCGAGGUGCGGCUGAUGUCGCUCAACUACCAACAGCGCGACGCCGACGGCAACCCGACCCCAAUCCCGCUCCUCCACGGCGCAGACACAGACGUCGACAUCCAGCUCAGCGUCGCAUGGGACCGGAAGAUUGUUGCUGCGGACCCGCCGGCAAACAUCUCUGUCAAUGGCAUGAACAGCGCGCGCCUGCUGUACUCCGAGGUUGAGCUGCACGGGCCCGGGGUCACCACCAUCUUCACCGACGACCUCGCUGUGCGCAAGCGCGCGUCGCUGCUGCCGAGCGGCUACUACGGCGCUGUCUUCGAGGGCAUCCACUUCAAGAAGGCCGUGCACAACCUGCGCCUCAACUUCACCAUCACCCACCCUGGCGGCGAGCCAUACUACCUUGACCUGACCACCCACGACGUGCAGAACCCCGAGCCGUACUCGCGCGCGGGCAUGGGCUUCCCCGAGCUGCCGCCGCUGACGCAGUACACGCUGUUCAAGUCGCGCCCGCCGGAGGAGCAGUCGCAGUAUGUCACGGACGAGGAGUUCCGGCCCGUCCGCGACCUGUACCCGUCCGUGUACGAGGGCUACGAGACACACGCCAUGCUCUUCAUGCGCGACAUUGGCACGUCCGAGAUGGGCCUGUCGUGCGAUCUGGUGGAGGACGAGCGCCGGCGCGCGUGGUGCCUGCAGUCCGGCUACACCCUCAACGUCACCGGCGACACGGGCCCGGGCGUCCUCGUCUCAGCGCCCUUCAACGUCACGGGCCGUGAUGCAAGCGAGCUGCGCAUUUCGUGGGCAAAGCCCCUGGACGACAUGCCGGAGGUCAUCACCUUUCCCAUGUGGCACCCGCUGCACCUGGAGCUGUACGACACAGAGGGCAAGCACGUUGUGGACGGGCCAGACGCGUUCCUGGACGUCUCCGUUGCUGCACUGGCCCUCAACUCUGCCAACGUCUCUGAUGUUGCCGGCACGGCGCAGCUGUGCGACCCGGCGGUCAGCGACACCAUCACGCUGGCGCAUGGGCGGGUCAAGUUCAAGCACGGCGUGUGUGAGCCCGUGGACCACGUUGCUCUUGAGUUUACCGCCACCACCACCAAGGGCGCUUUUCUUCGCGCCGUCACCAUCCCAUUCGUCGUCCAGGCCGACAUUCCGUUUGGCAUCAUGCUUCCCAUCGAGGCCUCCACCAGCCCCUUCAACGUCGACACGCGCGCGCUGCGCAUGUUCUUUGAGCAGCCCGUGCUUGGCUUCAACGGCAAAGGCCCUGCCGAUCGCACGUUUGGCCACACCGACUCUCGCAUCGAUGUCCACUACAUCGACACCCGCGGCACUGAGCUCGAAGUCCUCGCCGCGCUUGACGAGGCGCGCAACACCCACCGCAUCCGCAUGUUCAACGGGCCCUUCAGGAAGGAGCAUGCCGAGACAGUCGCGCAGUGGAUCUCGCACACAGCAUCCGACUUUUGCGCGUUUACGUUCUUUGGAUCGACGGAAGACCUGCGGAACCGGCGGCGCUUCCCCAACAUCUGGCGCUUUGGCUUUGGCGAGGAGAUGUACUACAAGGCCCUGGUCGACAGCAUGGCAAACAAGAUGUGGCGCAAGAUCAUUGUGGUGCACAGCCGCGAGAGCACGACGUUCACAGACGCGUUCUACCGGUCGCUGCGGCAGGCCGGCAUCGACGUGGUUGCGGACGUGAAGAUCCCCGACGCCGUGGUGGAGAGCGGCGGGUCGCUCAUGCCGUACCUGCGCGAGAUCAAGGACACCGGGUACAAGGUCAUCCUGACAAACGUGCGGGACAAGAUGGCGCAGCGGCUCUUCACGGACUUUGUCGAGGCGGAGGUGGACGCGUCGCACGGGUACCAGUGGGUUGGCACGGAGCCCACGCUGCAGACGCUGGACCUGCUCACGCUGCCGGACCCGCACAUCCACCUGGCGGGCGCGCAGUUCCUGACGCCGAUGUACGGUCUUGGGCGCGGGGCGCAGGCCUUCCAGGCGGCGGCGUUCUCGGACUUUCUGCUGCGCAAGGAGCUGGGCGGCAUGGACCCGUUCUGGGUCGGGGACCGCGACUUUGACAUCAACAAGCUGAACAUGUGGACGUUCUCCGAGGUGGUGCUGGCGCUGGAUGUGGCGUGGUUCCACGGGUUUGGGCUGGUGGCCAUGAUCGACUUCAAGAUCACGUCCACCACGGAGGCGUGCAACAACCUGGUUGGCUGGAUCUACAACCUGCCCAUCCACUCUGGGUCGGCCAUCAACUUCAACGAGAACCUGGACCGCAUUGGCUUCACGGGCGUGUGGGCGCAGCUGGAGGACAUGGAUCUGCGGCAGCUGAAGCAGCAGCAGGAGGCCGCCGGCGAGGAGUUCAACCCCUGGUCCAUCACCACCGCCAUCGACAUGAAGACCAACGACGCCGACGUGGUGGAGACGCGCUUUGUUGAUCCGCGCACACGCGUGCGCAGCGACUGGCCGACCUACAGCCCCGCCGCCACGCUGACGCGCCGCCGCUUCCUGACGGGCGACGACCUCGGCGCCGGCAUCACGCUGUACAACUUCACCGACCUGGUGCCCGUCACGCACACGUGCGGCGGCGGGUGCGGCGGCGGGUUGAUCAACGCGUCCGAGUCUGCGUACCACUACCACUACGGCACGUGCGUUGGGCCGGACGAGUGCGAGUGCAUCCUGACGGCGGACGGGUCGCGUGCGGCGUUCACGGGCGAGCAGUGCAGCGUGCCCAACUGCCUGCGCGCGUGCCGCAGCGGCGAGUGCCAGUACGUCAACGGCGACUCCGUGUGCGUGUGCGACCCCGGGUGGGAGGGCGAGAUUUGCGACGUGGCCAUCUGCAGCACGUACGGGUGCUCGCCAGCCCACGGCCAGUGCACGCUGCCAGACACGUGCGCGUGCGACCCGGGCUACUACGGGCGGGACUGCAGCUCCGCGUGCAUGUGCCUGAACAACGCGACAUGCAGCGACGGCGCAACCGGCAGCGGCGAGUGCACGUGCACGGCCGGGUACUUUGGGCCGACGUGCGCCAACGCGUGCACGUGCAAGAACGGCGUGUGCGACGACGGGGCGUCUGGCAGCGGCACGUGCAAGUCGUGCGACGGCGGGUGGAUGGGCACCAACUGCGACCUGCGCGUUGCCGCUGUUGCUGUGCCGGGCUUUGUUGCGGGCCUGGUGCUGAUCGGGCUGGUUGCGCUGGGCGUGCGCUGGUUCCUGCGCCUGGCCAAGCGGCGCGCGCUGCUGGCAAACACGGACUGGAAGGUGCAGUGGCAGGACGUGAAGCUGCACACGGCGGACCUUGAGGUGAGCCAGAAGGUGGAGUCGAUGAUGUUCCAGAGCACCAUGUCGACGCGGCAGAUUGGGCAGGCCAACUUCCGGGCUGCGGAGCGCAUUGGCAAGUACCGCGGCGAGCUUGUGCAGAUUGUGCGGGUGAACAAGCCGACGGUGGAGCUGUCGGAUGGGCUGCGAGAGGAGAUUCGCGAUGUGCGUGAGGUGCACCACUCCAACCUGCUUCGGUUUGUUGGUGCGUGCCUGGACGAGCCGAACGUGGCCAUCCUGUACGACUACGCGCAGAAGGGCUCUCUUGACGACGUCGUGAGCAACCUGGAUGUGAAGCUCGAUGUGAACUUCAAGUACCACAUUCUGAAGGAGGUUGCUGCCGGGAUGCACUUCCUGCAUGGCUCUGUCUUCAAGGCGCACGGUCGUCUUCGUUCUGCCACGUGUUUCAUUGACAACCGCUGGACCGUCAAGAUUGGAGACUAUGGCCUGCGGCAGUUGCAGGCGCAUCAGCAGAAGGACGAGGAAGCGGCGAUGAACGGGGCGUCGACGCUUCGCUGGACAGCGCCGGAGCUGCUCUCGGGCGUGUCUGCCAUUGACGACAUCCUUGAGGGAACCCAGCAAGGCGACGUCUACAGCUUUGGCGUGAUGAUGAACGAGGUGUGGACGCGCGAGCAGCCGUACGACGACUUUGCGCUGUCGAUGGAGGAAGUGAUUGCCAGUGUCUCUGCCAGCGCCAACCAGCAGGCGCUUGUGCAGCCGCUGCCUGCGAGGCACAACCAGGUUGCACCAAAGCCAAUCCAGGUCAAGUCUGCGUGGACAUCGCCCAAGGACGGCACUGACGGCUCGCUUGUUCGCCCGACGGUUGCGGAGGACACACCACAGGGCCUGAAGGAGCUGAUGGAGCAGUGCUGGCACCCGGACCCUGCGCAGCGGCCCGCGUUCCGUGAGAUCUGCCAACGCCUCGACGCCCUGCACCCAACAGAGGGCAGCAUGGUCGACAACCUCAUCUCAAUGCUGGAGAAGUACUCGCAGAACCUCGAGGGCAUUGUGAGCGAGCGGACCAAGGAGCUGGCUGCGGAGAAGGAGAAGGUGGAGGAGCUUGUGUGCCGCAUGCUGCCGAAGCAGAUUGUGGAGGACCUGAAGGUUGGCAAGAACGUCAAGGCCGAGAGCUUCGACAACGUCACCAUCUUCUUUUCCGACAUCGUCGGCUUCACGCGCAUCUGCUCGCAGAGCACGCCACUGCAGGUGGUUGACAUGCUGAAUGACCUGUACACGCUCUUCGACACGAUCAUCGAGGACUACGAUGUCUACAAAGUGGAGACCAUUGGCGACGCCUACAUGGUUGUGUCUGGCCUUCCUGUGCGCAACGGCGACCAGCACGCCGGCGAGAUUGCUUCCAUGGCACUGCACAUGCUGAGUGCCAUCACCAAGCACCGUAUCCGCCACCUGCCGCACGAGCGCAUGCAGCUGCGCAUUGGUCUGCACUCUGGCCCUGCCGUUGCUGGUGUUGUUGGCACCAAGAUGCCGCGCUACUGCCUCUUUGGCGACACCGUCAACAUUGCCUCGCGCAUGGAGUCUGGCGGCUUUGCGCUUCGCAUUCACCUGAGCGACAGCACCGCCAAGAUCCUGGAGCGCCUUGGCGGCUACCACCUCGAGACCCGCGGCGAGCGCCAAGUCAAGGGCCGUGGCAUCAUGACAACAUACUGGCUCAACGGCAAGGACGGGUUCGACAUGCCGCUGCCGACAGAGGAGAUGCGUGCGAGCGAGUCCCAGCACGAGUUCAAGUGAAGAUGUGGCUCUGCCUGCAUCCUGCCAACACAGUGUCGAUAUUGCGGUGCCGACGCUUUGUGUGUGCUGUGUUGUUGCGUGCGAUCCCACCCAUUCUUCUCCAUGGCUGUGCUUUGCGUGCUGUGAGAUGCGUGUCUUUGGUUGCGUCUCUGUCCUCUGUUUUCCUUGUGUGUGUGUGUGUGUGUGCGCGCAUAAGUGUGUGUGUGUGUGCAUAAGUGUGUGUGUGCGUGUGAAGCGCUUUCAUGGACGGUGGUCUCCGAUGUGUUGCAAGAGUGCUGGCUUGUUCGGUUUCCGUACAUAUCUCUAUGUGUGUGCUUCUCCCGCUCUUUGUGCCUUGUGUGUUGACCUCUCUCAGCGCUGUGUCAGUCUCUGUCGAGUCUCUCUCUCUCUCCCUCUCCAGUCUCUCAGUCGCCUGUAUUCAUGUGUAUCUGUGGACCAUGAAAUCGGUGUAAUGCAAUAUCCGCUCGA